AGCAAACUACAUGAGUCAAACUGAUCACUUCCGUAAACAGAAAUGGCAGCAUGUAGAACAUAUGAAGGAGUGCGAUGCUAUGCAUAUAUUUAAUGCUUUAGGCUAUAUUGUGGCAAAGGGCACAUGGAUACCUAUAAAGUCCUCUACCAUAAUUUGACCGCUAACGAUUGAUCGCUGUCGGCGGCUGUGAGGCGUUUCUGCCGCUGAAAUCCGCAGGCAUCCAGUCAUCAGUCUUGCUGACUAUAGGCGUGGAUAUUAUUGAAUCACGCUCCCAAAUUUAAAGUUUUGUCAACAGCAUUCUUUGGCAGAAGACAAGCAUGCCGAACUCCACUGAUAAGCCCAGUGAAGAAGAGCAGCAGAAAGACUCUGGCCAGGCUGUGGGGGGCGCUGAUGCCCACGAGCCGACUGAGCAGUCCCUCAGAAAGAGGGACCGCCAGAGCACGCCGCACUCCAGCCCCCCCCGCUUCGUGUCGGUAGAGGAGUUAAUGGAAACUGCUAAGGGCGUCACCAACCUGGCCCUCGCCCAUGAGAUCGUGGUGAAUGGCAGCUUUCAGGUGAAGCCUGUACAGCCUGCAGAGGGCAGUUUGCAGAAGAGAGUGAAGGACAUAAUGCACAGAGCAUUCUGGGACUGCCUGGAAGCUCAGCUGAAGGAGGACCCGCCGAUGUAUGACCACGCCAUCAAGCUUCUGGGAGAGAUCAAGGAGACGCUGCUGUCCUUCCUGCUGCCAGGACAUCGACGCCUGCGGAACCAGAUCGAGGAGGGACUCGACCUGGGCCUGAUCCAGCAGCAGGCUGAGAAAGGUGCCCUGGACAUCAACAAGGUGGCUGAGUUCGUCAUUGGCAUGAUGGGCAUGUUGUGCGCCCCAUCUCGAGAUGACGAGAUUCAGAAACUGCAGGCCAUCACUGGCAUUGUGCCCCUGUUCAGGGCCAUUUUCCAAGUGCUGGACCUGAUGAAGAUCGACAUGGCCAAUUUUGCCGUCAGCAGCAUCCGGCCACACCUCAUGCAGCAGUCAGUCGAGUAUGAGCGGAAAAAAUUCCAGGAGUUCCUCGAUAAACAGCCUAAUGCCCUCGAUUUCACCCAGAAGUGGCUGCAGGACACAGCCAAAGUUCUGCUUAACUGCAGGUGGGAGGAGCAGGUCCCUGGGGUGGAGGCUGCUGCCCCCAGAUCCUCUGUGCUGUCUCCCUUCAGCCUACAUAAUCACGCUUACCUGCGUUUGCUGAAAUGGGACCACACCGCAGCGCCCUUCCCUGAGACCCUCCUGAUGGACCAGAGUCGCUUUCAGGAGAUGCAGCUGGAGCUGGAGCAGCUGGGCGUGACAGCGGCAGUGCUGCUCGUCGUCUACAACAGUACUGGCGCCGCUUUGACGGGCCUGCCCGACCUCAUGAGGCGGCUGAAGAGCGCCGCCCUAGUGCUGCUGGCGGCAAUGCACUCUCCCUCCUUUGAUGCCGAGGAGGUCUUUUCCACCAUAGCAGAGAAAAUGUGCGCAGAGGUUGCGAGCUGUCUGGUCCAGCAUGGCUACUCUCCACUCUCCCCUGAUGGCCAGCGUGCCCUGAAGGGUCAGAUCACUGCAGUCCGAUGUCCAGACAACUCCAUUCGCAAACUUAUCGACUCACGUAUCUACACUUUCCUGCUGGGAUUUCUGGAAUCCAGUUCUCAAAGGUCUACGCCACCCCUCCCUGGGGGCUUGGCACCAAUUCAAAAGGAGCUGGAAGGGAUUGCAGUCAAGCUCAGCCACCUGGUCAACUACAACAAGCUGGUGUUUGCCCCAUAUUACCAGAAGAUCCUGCAGGAUGUCUUGGAAGAGGCAGCGAGGACGGGGACCUCAAUAGGCUAAGUGGCAUGGAUCAGUGUCAGCAUCUGAGAAUUGCCAAUCAGCAACUACAUUAAAACGCCACUGUUACUAAAGAGAUAAAACAGCAGCUUAAUACAGAGUGCAGCACUCCCAAUAGUUCUUACUAAAGUUAGACCAUGUUUCUGGUGUUAAGCUAUUUUAACACAUUUAUAAGCUUUUUAAUGUAGUUAUAGCAGCAAUGUGGUGCCGUAUUCUAAUUAGAAUGUAUGAACUAACAAAAAGAAUUUAACUUGGUGAUCCCGGUUUCUGCAUCAUAUAAGGCUGGCGGAUGUAUUUGAUCCGUGUCCAGAACACCAUCAGUGGUGUGGACUUGGGCUUCGUACGUUACCAAGUUCAGGAUUGGAUUAGUUAUGCACAUCAUCUGAACUAAGUCUGUUGGCAUUUAUCCUGGUACACAAACAAACACUGUCAUUUGGUUACAUAUUUACUUUGGUGGAACAACUGCUUUGGUGGUUUAGCUGCUAAUUUGGAGAGGAUUGUUUCGAAUCCUGUGAUCUAAUAACGAAGGGUAACAGUGUCAAUACAGAUGCACUCACUUCACUGAUAAUCAUUCAGGGAAGAAAAAACCUCCAUCUCAGUGUCAUAUAAAGCUUAUGGUAUAAAAUGAUUUAUAAAAUUAGUGAUGAAACCUUGAAGAAUAAGAAAAAAACAGGUGAGCACAAGGAUUCAGAGGUUUUGGUAAAAUUAUACAUUUAAGUUACUACUAUGAAGUUUUCACCAACCAUCUAAAAUGUAUUGGCAAUUUGACAGUGGAUUGUAUGUCAAGUUCAGAAUUAUUUCACUGAGCCCUGUGUAAUAUGAAAAUAUGUUUAAAUGAUGUGUUUACGUGGGCAUCAUGUGCCAGUUUUGAUUUGUAUAACUUUUGCACAUUAUUUUGCACGUUGCCCAAUGCUAUCCCGAGGUUUAUUGUAUGUUUUAUAUUGUUUAUCUACAAUGUAGGUGAGGGUACAUUGCUGUUUCUUACUGUAUGGACACUGCCUGGAGUGCUUGCCUGAGUAAUACGAAUGUGGCUUUUAAACCAACGGAAAAAAAUAAAAACAUGCAUCCACACUGA